AUGGAAAAUUUGUCCCCUUUCACCUCGGCCACAUCUACUGCAUCUACUAGUAAUACUACUAAUAGUGUCAAUCCGGAUACCACUUCCAGUGAGAAUACUACUAUUUUAGCGAGAGCCCUCUUUGAUAAUACCGCGGAAGUAGCUCAGGAACUCACAUUUACUCGUGGGGAUGUACUCACUGUGCUUAAAAAGGACCCGCCAGGGUUUGAAGGAUGGUGGAUUUGUAGUUUAGCUGGAAAAGUUGGAAUUGCACCCGGAAAUAGGCUUGAAAUUCUGGGAUCUGUAAAAAAUCCAUAA